AUGGACGACGAAAGCCGGAGCGAUGCCGAGGAUUCUGCUUCAGAUGCUAGCGAGGUACAGGCAGACUCGAAGCAGACAUUGAGUGAUGUUGUUCAGAAUAGCGGAUUAUCAUUUGAUGCUCUUCAGACCGCUUUCAAGGAUGCAGCAAACGCACAAUCGCGAAAACGCAAGCGAGGUUCGCAUACUUCGCAAGACCAGGAAGACAAGCUGCAAGCACUGAGAGAAAGACUCCGUCAAAUCAAGGACCAAAAAGCUGUAUCUGGCGCCUCUCGCCAGAACUCCAGAUCAGACGCCAAGGUAAAUCAAAAUCAGGACGAGCACGACUCAGACUCAGACUCGGAUUCCGGUCCGUCAGAAGAAGGUGCUCCUUCGCGUACAUCCAAGCACGCUCCCACGGCGCAGUCUUCCAAGUUUCAAGUGAGUCGCAAGCGUCAAGUCGUCGACGUGCCGAAGCGAGUGGUCCGCGAUCCCAGAUUCGAUCCUCUACACCAAAAGUCCGCACAUCCUGGAAAUAGCGAAAAGGCAUAUAGCUUCUUGCUCGACUAUCAAAAAGACGAGAUCAAAGAGCUGAAAGAGGCUGCAAAGCGCACGAAGAACGAAGACGAUAAGGAGAAGCUCAAGCGGAAGGUGGGCAGUAUGGAGAAUAGGCUGAAGGCGAAGGAAGCAAAGGAGCGAGAACAGGAGAUUUUAAAGCGGCACAGGAAGGAAGAGCGGGAACGGGUGGAGCAAGGCAAGAAUCCAUACUAUUUGAAGAAGAAGGAUAUCAAGGAGAAGGCUUUGGUGGAGAAGUUCAACAAGAUGAAGAGCAAAGAUCGGGAAAAGCUGAUUGAGCGGAAGAGGAAGAAGGAAGGACAGAAGGAGAAGAGGCGGAUGCCCAGUGCCAGGCGGAUUCCUGCCGGUUGAUUGAUAUCUGCGAUGAAUUUCACGAGUUCCAGCGCGAGCGUAGGGUGGAAAUCCAUAUCGACCGCUCUCGAAUUCUGCUCACUACCAAAUCAAAUCCAGUUGCACUACGACUUCCACAGCAAUCGGCCUCAAAUUCCUCACGAAGCGUGCCUGGCCCCCUCAGAAGGACUCCCCCCAAAAUCAUGACCACCAAAAUCAUGAGGCCUAUCCACACCCUUCCCCUUCUGUCCCGCAUACCUCCUACCCUCCUCUUCCCUCUCAGCCUGAACAUGCCCCCACGCCCGACUCGAACAAGCACCAUAAGUCUCCACCGCCUGCGCAGCACAAUUAGAAUACGGCCUCAACCUCACCACCACAUCCUCACAAUGCCGAAAAAUACAUUCGUAAUGUCCAGGCGCCUCGGCUCGAAAUCUCUGCCACGUCCCCUCAGUCUUCGCAACCUAUGCUUCUCUUACGAGAUGGCAGAGAUCUGGUCGGUAGAAGAUUCGUUUUGCUUCUUCGAUCUUCGGGAAUGUUAGAGGAAGAUGGGAAAGCAGAAGGGAGAUAGAUGGGUACGCACUAAUUCGAUUUCUUGCGCCGACGCUUGGCGAAUGCG